CCCUUCUUACCCCCGCACUCCGCCCGCCUUCCCUUCCUCCUCUCCCUCCUCUCUUUCUCUCCCUCUCUCUCUCUCUCUUUCUACUCUUUAAUCUUUAUUUAUCUCUCUCGGAGGGAAAAUUUAUCUCUCCACCUGCGUUUUCUCUCUCCCUCACGCACGUACGCACUUUCCUCGCCCUCUCACAUGGAGGAAAGAGAGAGAAAAACGGCUCUUUUCUCUCUUUUUUCCCUCUCUCUUUUCUUGAGCCUCCCCUUCCCCUCCUCCUCCUCCUCCCUCCGUUUUCUUUGGCGGUCUUAAACUACUCUCUUCGUCCUCAACUCUUGUUCUCUCUCUCUCUCUCUCUCUCUCUCUCUCUCUCUCUCUCUCUCUCUCUCUCUCUCUCUUCCUUCCCCAAGCCUUGAUAAUGGUCACCGCUCUUCUUGUUGUUGUUGUUGUUGUUGUUGUUGUUGUUUGGAGAUGGAUUGUGGUGGUGGUGGUCGUGGUAGUAGUAGUAGUAGUAGUAGUAGUAGUAGUAGUAGUAGUAGUAGAAGUAGUUCCAGUCUUGUUACUAGUCAGGAACCCAAUUUACAGUGGUGCCAAUACUCUUCCAAAGGUACACCAUCAUCAUCAUCUACAUAGGCAUCAAAAUACAGUGGUACCAACGCCGUCACACGCUUGGAAAGGCCUCAGGAAACACAAGCAUAGGUUCCAUUGGUGUUGAGAGUCGUUCCAGCCCGUCCAGUGGUAUUCCAGAGGUGACAGUGGUACCGGAGGCGUUUAGGAGCAGUUCCAUAGGUGCUAGGUGGUAUUAGGUGGUACUCGUGUGUCCAAAGGUUGCUAUAUAGGUUGUCAGAGGUGUCAGAGGUGCUUCCAGAGGUGUAAGAAGGCGUUAAUCGUGUUUGCAAAGGUUUCAGUGGUCAUUACAAAGGUGUCAAAUGGCGUUAGUUGAUAUCAUUAGUCAAAGCAAAGGUAGCUACGUGUCAGUGGUGCUUCCAGAGGUAUCAGAUUGCGUCAGGUGAUCUCAUUAGUGUUUGCAAAGGUGUUCAUGGUCAUUACAGAGGUGUCAGAUUGCGUUAGAGUUGUCAGAAGCAGUCCUAUUACAUUCUACAGAGGUGACAGUGGUGUUAGAAGCGGUGGUGGUGGUGGCUGUGGUGGCGGUGUUAGGUGGGCUACAGAGGUGCCAUUGGUGUUGAGGUGGUGAGGUGGUGAUGAUUGGGGUGUUGUGAUUCCAGUGGUGUCUGUGGUGGUGGUGAUAGUGGUGUUGAUAGAGGGGGUGUUAAUCUUGGUGUUGGGAUAGGUGGUGUGGUGUUGUCAGUCCCAAGAGGUACCAGUGGUGUUAGAGGUGCUUGUGGUGGUGAUUGCAUUGGUGUUGGUGGUGUUGCUGGUGUCUGUGGUGGUGUUGUGUUGCCCGCGCCCCUUCCAAACAACCUCCGUUAGUCAGUCAGUCAGUCAGUCAGUCCCAUGAAAUACCAGUGUCGUUAGAGGUGUUCUGGUGUUGAUGGUGUUGAUGCUGGUGUUGCUGUUGUUGUUGGUGAUGGUGUUGAUGUUGGAGCUGGUGUUGUGGUAUUUGUGUUGGUGUUGGUGGUGUGUUGUCAGUCCCAAGAAGUACCAGUGGUGUUGAUGUUGUUGGUCUUGGUGUUGUGGUAUUUGUGUUGGUGUUGGUGGUGUGUUGUGAGUCCCAAGAGAUAUCAGUGGUGUUGAUGUUGGUGUUGGUGUUGGUGGUGUGUUUCCAGUCUCAUGAGAUAUUAGAGGUGUUGAUGUUGUUGGUGCUGGUGUUGGUGGUGUUGUCCGCGGUGGUGUGUUGUCCAGCAGCCCCGCCCGCCCGCCCGCCCGCCGCCGCCGCCCCGCCUCAACCCGUCUCUCUUGUUUCAGAGCACCGCCACAAACCAUACAAGUGCCCGCUUUGCCUCAAGACCUACUCCUCCAAGUCCAACCUCAACACGCACGUUCGAGACCUGCACGCCGCUAUUCCGCAGGUGUUCACGUGCCCGUACUGCAAAAAGCGCUACUCCUCCAAGAACUCCCUGCGCUACCACAUCACCAUGUACCACCGCGACGAAAAGCACCGCGACCUGGCCCUGCAGCACGCCCUAGCCACGGCCCAGCCCCUCCCCCCGGCCCCCGCCCCGCCCCACACCCCCGCCCCGCCCCCAGCACCCCCCCACACACACGCACACUACCCCACACAGCACCAGCAGCACCAGCAGCCGCAGCUACAGGCGUUCGGGGACCUGGAUCUCAGCCUUCUGGAGGACCCCCGCGCGGGCCUCUUGCCGGAGGAGGCGGCGCCCCCCCACCACUGACCUCCGCCCCC